AAUCCCGAACUGGGACUGCUGUGAUUUCGCAUUCGCGGCUACGGAGUCUUUAAGUUUUGGAAACGGAUACCUAAGCAUCGUUUUUGAUAACUCAGUUAAUAUUUGGUUAUUGUAAUUUUUGCGUUUUAGUGAAGUUACUAGAGUAUGUAGUUAUGCGCGUAACUACAUUUAUGAGUUGGCUGCGUCCUUUCGUAAUAGCCGAAUAAAGUAGCCUGUACUUCGCAGGAUUUAUUUAACUAGGUUAACACGGACGGUAAAAGGGUAGACCUGUCGAAUGAGCAGUUAAACUGUUGGAUUGCAUUUUUAAAAAGGUUUCUUUUGACAAUCGGCUGCUGUGCUAUCCAACAUCGUGGAUUGAUAUUUUUCGUUUAAGGACAAAGUAUAUUAUUGUAUAUUUUUUAUACAGGUUAGCCUAGCAACAUUUUCCGUUACAAAACUUUUUUACAGUCUUUGGAACUAUGGAUCCGAGCCAGCACAAUCCCCCUGUCGGCCACCAAAUCGUCCAUGUUCGGGGUGAUUCCGAGACUGAUUUGGAGGCUCUUUUCAACGCCGUAAUGAACCCGAAAAAUACGAUUGUACCCCCCUGUGUUCCCAUGAGGAUGAGGAAACUGCCGGACUCCUUCUUCAAGCCUCCAGAGCCCAAGUCUCACUCCAGACAAGCGAGUACGGAUGCCGGGACAGCAGGUACUCUCACCCCACAGCACGUCCGGGCACACUCCUCCCCAGCCUCCCUCCAGUUGGGCACAGUGACUCCUGGCACGAUGGGCAUGCCCCCAGCAGGGACGUCCCCACAGCAUCUCCGCCAGUCUUCCUAUGAGAUCCCAGACGACAUGCCCCUGCCCCCUGGCUGGGAGAUGGCAAAGACCCCUUCGGGACAGAGAUACUUUCUGAACCAUUUGGAUCAGACCACCACCUGGCAAGACCCCCGUAAGGCCCUUUUGCAGAUGAAUCAGGCCCCUGCCAGCCCCAUGCCUUUACCCCCACCGCAACAGCAACAGCCACCACAGAGCGUCAUGCCACCAGCCACCGGUCCUCUUCCUGAGGGCUGGGAACAGGCAAUCACUCCAGAGGGGGAAAUCUACUACAUCAACCACAAGAAUAAGACCACCUCGUGGCUGGACCCCAGGCUGGACACGCGAUAUGCCAUGAACCAGCAGCGCCUGUCCCAGAGCACCCCGGUCAAGCAGGGCGGUCAACUCCCCUCCAGCCCCCAGAGCGGCACGCUGGGGGGCAACAGCCAGAUGCGUCUACAGCAGCUCCAGAUGGAGAAGGAGCGACUGCGGCUCAAGCACCAGGAGCUGCUGAGGCAGAGACCCCAGGAACUGGCUCUGAGAAACCAGCUUCCCACCAGCAUGGAGCAGGACGGACCAGGCACCCAGAACCCCAUCUCCUCUCCGGGCAUGGCUCAGGAAGCCAGGACCAUGACCACCAACAGCUCUGACCCAUUCCUCAACAGUGGGACCUACCACUCCCGCGAUGAAAGCACAGACAGCGGUCUGAGUAUGAGUAGUUACAGUGUCCCCCGCACUCCAGAUGACUUCCUCAACAGCGUGGAUGAGAUGGAGACCAGUGAUUCCCUGGGACCUGCGUCCAUGGUGACACAGCCCAACCGUUUCCCCGACUACCUGGAUGCGAUGCCCGGCACAGAUGUGGAUCUGGGCACCCUGGAGAGCGAGAGCAUGGCCGUGGAGGGCGAGGAGCUCAUGCCCAGCCUUCAGGAAGCGCUCAGCUCCGACAUCCUCAACGACAUGGAGUCUGUGCUGGCCGCCACCAAGAUCGACAAAGAGAGCUUCCUCACAUGGUUAUAGAGUCGCCGUGGGGUCACCAGCACCGCCGACACUCUCUCUAUCUCUCGAUGCUCCGAACUGCUGCCGAGUCAAUUCUGUGAAGGAUGUCGAAAACCGCUUUCACAACAGAACAAAAAAGGAGAGAGACUUCACUCUACGGAUUUGUUUGUUAUUUUUUGUCAUUCAUCACUCAUGGCCAAACUUGAGAUAUUGAGUUUAAUGUUAUGGUCUAUCUUGUUUUUCUUCUUUUCUAUAUUAUUUAGUUUUGUCUGUAUCCUCAAGGCUGGCCCAUGAACAGACAAUGAAAGGAGAAAUGUCCAAACGCGUGCUUGAGUCGCAGAGGGGUUGGGCUUUACCUGCCUCCUCGGGCGAUAGCACAAACGUAAAUCACGCAUAACACUAAAAACACCUCUGAAUAUACAACCUACAACUCUCUCUCUCAAGCACACACACACACACACACACACACACACAUGCACACAGAGGUAAAAAUACAUACAAACACACGGAGAUGGGAUAGCUAUACUUCAUAUCCUAUACUAUCCUGUACUGUCUGCCAUCUCAUGUUUUGCAUUGUUAUUUCUUGAGAAACCAAAAGAUCUUUGUCAAUGAGAGACAGAACCUCCAUAAGGCAGGUGAGGUGUAAGGUUGUGGUCAUGUCUGGCCCAAUCGUUUGAAUUAGUAUCACAAGACAAUGGAGGAUGCAGCCGGUUUCCCCUGUUUGGCAGUGCCAGCAAGGAGUUCAACCCAAGUCUUUUUUUUGUAUUUCUGUGGAGUUCAGUACCAGAUUGCUGCAUUACUGUGUAAAGCAUUAUAUUGUUUUAUUUGUCGUAUUGAACAUUUGCCAUUCAACACUACUCUUCUACUACUAAUCAUUAUUUUCAAUAAUCAAAUAUACUUCCUUAAAUUUUAUUAAAAUGUAUUUUGGGAAUUAGGGACGUUAUCUUGUCAAAUGAAGCUUAGCCUCUAUAUAUCAGUCUUAUUUAAACCUAAUUUGCUAGGUUACCUUUUUAGUACUGCUUUUAUCAGUUAAGGGCAUUGCGUAUAGAUCGAUGAGCUUUUCUGAUUGAAACACUAAAACACUAAAUAUAUAUAUUUUUUAAUAAACAGGGUCAUAACUCCCAUACAGUUAAGCAAUACUGAAUAGAUCAAACUGAGAAGUUUCUCUCAUUCACAAACUCAUAUGGAGUUUGCUAAUAGUUAUUGCUAAUAUGCCUUUUUAAAAAAACGCUUUUCUGCCAUCAGCCUGUUGCUAAUUGCUUAUAUAUGCCUUACAUGUCUAGAAAAUGAAAACUGAAAAGAAAACGGAGAGUAACUGAAGAAACUGAGCUUGUCUGAUACAAACUCACGGCAAGAGUAGUUUAAAGAAGAUGGUCCUGAUAUGUUUAUGUUGGUUAGGGAGCAUGUCAUGAUGGGUAGUGGUGUAGAGUAGCAGUUAGCUGGAACUUGACUGGCCAUUGUGACAAAGGAUCAUAGUUGGUCUGGGUAUAUUCAUUGUGAACAAUUAGCUAUGAUUUCUGUAAAAAGAGAGAGAAAAAAGUCCAAGCUUCCAAAGACUGUUUUUGUUUUGUGUAGUCAUAUCCUUACGAACAAAAGUGAAUGAAUAAUUGUUAAUAUUCUUCACAGAAUACAAAAUGCAUAAGCUAAUGAAAAAAAUCUAUGGCCUGGGUACAAAACAAAUGCAUCUACAGCCAGAACAUGCCUUUCUGCAAAGGCUGUAGUGAAUGAAUGAAUGAAUGAAUGAAGUGUACAACAAGUUAUUAAUUAAUCCAGAGAUUCACAACGUAGUUUACAUUUGGAGCGUGAGAACACUACAGCAUCAGAUCCCUGGCAACAGUAUCACAAUUGCUUCCUAUAUUCAGAGAAUAUGAGUAUUAUGAAAUGUCUGUUUACAUAGUGAUUUUACCCGUUGCAUUUAUUAAUUAUUUGUCUCAAUUAUGUGGGUGCAUAUUUGUGAUUAUUUGAACAGUCAUGCAACCCAGUUAUACUGCAGAAAGAUUUACUCAGAUUUUUAUAUUAACUCACAAAGAGGUGCAGCAGCAGCAUUGUGUCGAGGGACAAAAAUGUUUUGCUAUAAAAAUGACAUUUGCUUCCUGUUUGCAGCUAGAGCAAAAUACGUUGUUGAUGGACAUUCAUCAGUGUUGGAAAGAACAAUGUAACAGAAAGUGAUUUUUAUAAAUCAUUGGUACAGUGGUGAUAUUUUGUGCCUGCAGAAAGUUUAAGUAAGAAAAGGUAUUUGUCACUGAAACAUGAUUUCACUUCUUAGUUAGUAUGUAACUUCCUGAAUAUAGUAAUUAUGGACUAUUUUAGUGUAUUAAUCACGCAAGAUAAACGAUUUGUAUUUAGAUGAUCCUAAAUGCACAUACAAUUCAUAGACAUGAUCUCUUCAUUCUUUUUUUAAUAGACUUUGUGCAUGUAUGGUAGGACCUUAAGUUCUGUUACACUCUUUAUAUAAUACUUUUUAAAUUGGCCUGGAAUAAAGUAUAUACUUUGUGUUAAAUUCUGUUUGCUCUUGUUCAAUCAAAUGAAUGUCUUCCUUUAUUGUGCUGAGAGCAGUGGGUGAACAGCAUUAAUGCAAUAUUCUGGUUCUGCAUAUCCAGUCCUCUGUUAUUCCACAAGAAUUAACAAAUCUGAAGUUGAUCUAAUGGCAAAGCAAUAUUAAGCCCUGAUUUACUUAUAUGGUUUCAAAGUGUUGAAACAUCUGAAAUUGUGAUACUGUACCUUUAAUUUCACAAAUUAACAUUACAUUGUGAAAGCAGCAUCCUGGGGUUAUCAAAGUCUUUUUUUGGGGAAGUCUUAUUUUUGCUAAAAUAUUUUAAUGGGCUGUAAAAAGCAGUUCUUGUCACUUUUCCUGGGAUCACCUGAACUGUUGAGACUCUAAAAGUGGGUCAUGAUAGGAUCAUCAAGCAGGUGAUCCAAAAUAUAAAGUAUAAUGUUCAGAUCAACAAAAAAUGGGUUACUGAUUCAGGCUUCUACCAUUCCCAACCCAGUCCCCUGAUCUGGGCCGGGUUUCCCAGAUUCGUUGAGAAGCUCCUAAGUGCUAAGAACUUCUUAGGAGCGCUCUAAGAACGCUCCUAAGAAGUUCUCAGCACUUAAGAGCUUCUUAACGCAUCUGGGAAACCCAGCCCUGAACUCUAUAGAAAACGAGUGGGGUGAUCUAAAGAGAAUGCACAAGAACCUCGGAAUCUUGAUGAUCAAGAUUCUAUUAUAGAGGAAUGGUCUCAAAUCCCUUGCUUUGUAUUCUCUCAUAAGUAAAGGAUGUCAAAGAGGGCUAAAAGCUGUUUUACUGGUAAAAUAUUACAAACAGGGAUGCCAAUAAUUGUGUCACAUGUGUUUUUGUUUUUUAAAAAAGUUACUUCCCUACUCUGAAUGCAUUUUUUUCUUCAAGGCAGGAUAUUCCUCAUUGUUUUCAGUGUUACACAAGAUAAAUUGCUAUAAUGCCAUUUCAGGUUUUUUUUUUUAAAUUUUUAAUCUAUUCCUUUUUGCUCAAUUCUACCAGGGGUGCUCAUAAAUGUGGAGGGUGUAGUAGUUGUCUCCAUCUCAUGUGUUUCCACUCUUUCUUUCAACAAGAAAGUUGUCUUUCUUGUACGCUAAUAUGCUUAUCCUGAUCCAUGUAUAAACUCAGCUGUCGGCUC